UCUUUUUCGUAUCGUAAUGCUGCACACCUUGAUUUCGUGUAUUACGUACCUUUUCACCUCACGGAUAUGAGAUAGGUCAUAUCACAACAGUGAAAAUGAGUUCACAGGACACAACUGAUAAUGUACCAACAGUUAAUUCACCUGAUAUAUCCUCAAGAACAAAAAAUUGGGUCCAAUUUGAAGAUGAAACACCUGUUAAAGAUAAUGGUAGUGUGGAAGAAAAAACUAAAGUAAAUACACCAGCCGUAAUAAAACCAGAAUCAGUUACAGUAAAUGUUGAGAAAAUUGGAAAAACUGUUGAUAAAUUAGAUAAUCAACAAACAAAAAACAAUGAGUAUAAAGGUGCUGUGAUAUCAACUGAAUCCGUCCAGAUUAAUUUAGAUAGGUCAGGUCUAAGUCGGUCUGUCACAUCUGAAAGUCCAGAUCUUAAUUUGCCGUCCGAAGUAAAAAUUUCUGAUCCUAAAAGUGCUUCUCUUAAAACCAUUGAUCUCCGUGAUGUAUCCAAUGGUAGAAGCGCUAUAAAUAAUAUUAUAAGCACACCUAUUGGAAAUAUUAGACAAGGUUUUGCAAAUGGGGAUACUAUAGUUACUCUUUUACCAGUUAAUACUAGAUGGCCAUGGAUUACUCCUGCCAAGUUUCGACCAGAAUUAGUACCAGAAGAAUUAAUGGCUCAGGGCUUAACGCUUACAGUAGAAGAUUACGUACAUAUUAUGGAGUUGCUUGUGAAUGAUGUACGUUUUAAUAUGUACAAUGUAUGCUACAAAAGAAUCCUUGUUCUUUGGAUAUUCACUGCAUUUAUUGUAUUGCUUGGCUUAUUAUUUUCUGGAGUAACUGGUCUUACUUUAUUUGGCCUCGGCAUUAUGUGGUUAGUCCUAAAUGCUGCUGCAAUAUUCUUUUGCAUGUUUAUCAAGAUAAAAUUAAAUCAUAAUCUUGAGAAAUGUAUGGCUCAAGUGAACAAGCAUUUACUUCGACAUAAAAUAUUGCUUGGAUUGGAUGAUAGAGGGAAGAUUUCUUGUCACAAAGUCAAUCUCUGUUUUAUAUAUUUUGAUACUACAGAUUGCAUCAAAAAGUUACAAGAAGUUAUAGAACGUGAAGAACGCGAGGGUAGAAUAAUCGGUGAAGAUGGAAAUUCUGAAAUGCGUAGAAAAAGGGAAUUGCAACAGCGAAUGGAUAUUGACGAUAGUGAUAUUGUUAUCCAAGGCAGUACUACUACUAGAAUUUCUCGUAAACAGGAACGGGCGGAGUUGCUGUUGCUGAGGUAUGCAUCUCGAUGGGCACAUCACUUUGUGCGCCGCAGACUUGAUCUGGUUAUAGACUCACAGGAACGAAAUAGAGACAUCGCCGGUCUGUCUGUUCCACCACGACAUUGUGUCUCCGCCCGUUGUCCUUGUCAAUUCAUUGAGGACCAUCUCAAAUACAAGCCUAGAGAUAAUUUGAUCAGUUGAUUGUAUGUUCCUAUCUACUUUUUAUUACACAUCUAUCAAACACUUUUACUACCAGUUAUACUUAAAAUUAUUUUUUUAUCGUAGCUAUAAUAUAGUAUCAUAGAAAUUUUUGUAUUUUACAUACAAAGAAGUCAUAUUUCUUCAAUUUUUUGUUUAUUGUAAUUUGCUUUUAACUAAUCUAAAUAACAUUCACCACUUUACAACAUAUAGAAGCACAUUAUGUUAAAUAUAAAAAAUGUUAAAGAGAUAGAUUAUACAUAACAUUAAUACUUGAAAAAAAAGAAACGAUAUAAUCAUUCCAUUGUUACUACAUUAUUAUUCAUAAAUUCAAAUGUUUCAAAAUUCUGAAGACAUUUACUAAAUGUUAUACAUAUCAUAUAUAUAUAUAUAACAUAUAUUUUUUUAAUACAUGUUAUAUUGCUUUCAACUAUUGAUACUAGAAAAACAUACAUAAAUUAUGUAUGAAUUGGAAGAUUUUAAUCUGCUAAAGUUAAAUUUUAUUUUUAUGUUUAAAAAGAAAUUCUUGCAUUUUAGUUACUACAAUUUAUUAUUAUUACAAGUAAAGACCUGAUAUUAAAGCAGCUAGAAACAUUUUAUAUAAUUGUUUAUAUAUAUAUAUUUUAUAAUUAUUGUCUAUGAUAAAUCGUCAUAAUAAUGUUGUAAAAGGCAUACAAUGUUGAACUUACAUAUCUGAAUUCCGUCCUAAUUGAAUAUAUCAAUACAUUAUAUGAGAAUGUAAUUAAUAUAUUGUAUACUUUUAUAUUAUGUUAAAAAAAAAUACAUAAUAUUUGUAAAUGAAUAAGGCUAUUCUACUUUUAUAUAACAAAAAUGUAAAGCAUUUUGAUAUCAUUGUUAAAAAUGUUAUAAAUAAAGAUAAGUAUAUGAUAUAUGUUUUCUUGGUGGAGGUAUGAUUGUAUUCAUGUAAAAAACUAUUUCAUUAAAGUAAUAGUUAUUGCACAUAAAAUAUAUUGUUAGUUUAGUUACCAAAUGUACCUACAAAGUUCAAUGUAUACGUAUU